AAUCGAAUCUUUGGUCAUAGAACAAUCGGGGAGAACGAAAAAGGAAAAUAGUUAAAUCGCUGACGAAAGUCGGAAAAAGAAAGGGUGAAAGUGCGAAAUAAAAAAUGACAGAGGGAAAGAAAGGUGUCGUACCAGGAAGGUUUCGACAGCUAUUUGUAGCGUUGGUCGCGAACAUUUCGACUUUUUCGUUUGGAACGAUGGUCGGUUGGAUGUCACCGUCGAUACCGCAAUUACAAAGCGACAAUCCUCCCGUGGGUAACGAACCGAUGACAGACGAAGCCGCGUCCUGGUUGACAGGGAUCAUGUGUCUAUCGGCAGCUUUCGUCAGCUUGAUAGUCGGUGUGAUAGCGAACAGAUACGGACGUAAAGUAGCCGGUUGUCUGAUGGGUUUGCCCCUUUGUUCCACCUGGUUGUGUACCAUCUUUGCAAGUACUCACAUGCAUUUGUUUAUCGCGCGUUUCUUCUCGGGGAUGAGUGGUGGGAUGGCUUUGUUUUUGAUACCGCUCUACGUGUCCGAAAUCGGUAGCGAUGAAAUUCGCGGUAUGCUAGGCAGCCUGUUGGUAUUUCUUUUGAACGGUGGUCUUUUAUUGGGUUACAUACUCGGCGCGGUGCUCUCCUAUCGCGUAUUCACGAUCAGCAUGCUCGUAUGGCCGUUACUUUAUAUCUUGUUCUUCGUGUUUGUACCGGAGUCACCCGUGUACUUGUUGCGACGUAAUCGUCUGGACGAUGCUGCAAGAUCCCUAAGCUGGCUAAGAGGAGGGGAUAAGUUGACAGCAGAGCGGGAGAUGGUACGUCUGCAACUGGAAGCAAAAGAGCGAAACGUUACGGGAAGAUCGAUCAAACUGUCGGAUUUGUUUCGAGAUCGAGCGACGACGAAGGGACUGUUGAUCGUACUGGGGCUGUUCGCUGGUCAACAAUUAGCUGGAAUAAUCGCGAUGAUAAGCUAUACGGAAACUAUAUUCAGAAUCGCUGGAAGUUCAUUGUCUCCGAACGGCUCAGCGAUUAUCGUCGGGGUCAUUCAAGUAUUCGGCUCCUGCUUAUCUACCGCGUUCAUGGAAAGAAUCGGUAGAAGACCGUUGUUUCUAACAUCUGCCGCGGGAAUGGGUGUUUGUCACUUCGUAAUCGGAAUCUUCUGUUACCUGAAAACGCUCGAAUAUGACGUUGCCAGUUUCAGUUGGAUUCCCGUCGUAGCUUUGUCCGUUUUUAUGAUUACCUAUGCAUUGGGAUUAGGACCAGGACCGUAUGUGAUAGCUGCCGACAUACUCAGUCAAGACAUAUCCAGUUUAGUCACUACCAUUGGAAUGUUCUUCGCGUGGAGCAUGGCGUUCAUUGUCGCUAAACUGUUUCCGACCUGCGUCAGCCUGUUGGACGUGCACGGUUGCUUCUUCCUACUGGCUACCUUUUGCGCGGCUACGUUCGUUUUCAUCUUCACUAUCCUUCCAGAAACGAAAGGUCAACCUCGCCAACUAAUUUUGGAUCGACUUAACGGAAGGGUGAAUAAAAAACAAUAUGUUUUGUCGAGCAACAUUAUCGGAAAAAACAUGUCGCCAUCCGAAUCGAUUUGAGGAUUCAUCUCUCAUCAUCAGCAGCGAAUGUGUAUGUAUGGUUUCGUAAAUCGAUAGAGGACUAUUCGAUGUUUAAUAGUCCCCUUGUCACAGUUUCUAGUCAUAUUGGACUAUUGGGUGACCAAUAGAACGAAGCGUUUCUAUUCAAAUAAAGUGGGUUAGCAAAUA